GAGGAUUGCACAGACAGGCUCUCCUAACUCGCCGUGAGGCAAGAACAACUUCAGGAACUGCCCACGCAUGCUCUCAAACCAGCCAUAAUCACGCCCAGAAUAAUGUAGUGUCUGCGAGUUGAAGAACAUCUUCGCUUGUUCUCGUUCACAUUUGUAUAUGGUAACCGAUCGCAACAUAUAGCAACCGUGGCGCUGUUUUUCUGGAACAGAACUGGGGAUGUUGAUAUGAAGAUGUUAUAUUGCUGUUAAAACAGCAUACUGUGUGUUUUAUAGAAAGAGGAGCUGACAACGUCUAUGCAAGCUAUAAGAGCAACAGGCCUCGCAGUUUAGCAUAUAUAUUCGUGUUACUUUUUUAUCAUUAAUGUUCUGUAGUCAGAAUGGGGUGUUCUUCUAGUACCCAAACUACAGCGCAAGGAAACAGACCGAACACUAAACCAGAGGAAAGCAAUGGAGCCGGUGCUAUGGUCGUGACAGCGAAGCGGACUGAGAAUGGCGCUGGGGCGGAGGACAGCGAGACCAUUCCAGACCCGGUCCAGCUGCCCGUUCAGAACGCCGGCCCCGAGGCCCAGGCCGCCGCCGCCGGGGAGACCGCCAAGGUUGCCGCGGAGACCAAGCCCCCGGCAGAGGAUGCUGCCGCCGCCCCUGCGCCUGCAGAGGAGGUUAAAGGUGCACCUGCUCCGGACUCUGCAGCGCCCGUAGAAGGGGCUAAGGGAGAGUCUGAGGCAGGGGCGAAGACUGCGGACCAGGCCAAAGCCACAGAGGAGGCACCUGCCAGCGCCUCUGAGCCCGCCCCUGAACCUGCACCUGAAUCUGCCUCUGAGCCGGCCCCUGAAUCUAAACCUGCACCUGAGCCUUCACCUGAAUCUGCAUCUAAACCUGCCGCUGAAUCUGCCCCUGAAUCUGCAUCUAAACCCGCACCUGAGCCUGCUCCUGAAUCUGCACCUGAACCUCCCUCAGAUCCUGCCACUGAAUCUGCAUGUAAACCUGCCCCUGAAUCUGCCCCUGAGUCUGCCCCCAAGGCCCAGGAGAAAGCUGUGGAAGAAUCGGAGACAAAGGAAGCAGGAAGUGCCGAGGCAGCAGCUGACCAAUCGGAAUCCGCAAAGGCGGAAUAAGCACCUGCUACCUGCGACGAAAACUGAUCUCGCCUCUCCUUUCUCCAGCCCUGAUGCGUUUGGUCGAGAGAACAGGAGUGAAUGGAUGCAAAGAUGUUACAGAAAGUCAAGUGAGAGGACGAGGGACAUCGUGAAGAGCAACUGCUCUGAAAAGCACCAGAGAAAUACUUCCGUUUGCCUGUUGCCACGAUGCAGACCAGCGGAGUGCUCCACCACUGUGCCUUUCUUUCCUGUGAAUCUGUGUGAGGGGUUGGGAAUGGGUGCUUCUAAUUUUGUAAACAUUUCCUGUUUAGUCAAUAUUCCCUAGUUUCAUGGUUUGCAAAAAACAAAAAUGAUCAGGAUUGUUUCUGAACCCCUCUGCUUUUGAACGAUACUUUACAUUUGAGACGGUUAAAUUCAGGCAAAUUAUUACUUGUGGGAGAAUACAUUAAAUACCAGGUUCCUGUGAACUGAAAUCUUGUUGCCACAUUCCACAUCACAUUGUGGAACCAACCCUGAGCUUUCACUAAUAAGAGUUUAUUCACUUUCUUAUAUAAAUCCUUAACUACUCCACCAAUGUUCUCGCAUGUGGAGUGUAAGCCAAGCAUGCUACUGCUUUAAAUGAAGAGCUGUUUUUAAUCUCUCCAGUGGUGUCCUGUUCAGGAUUGAGUCUGAUUGGUCAAGCUAAUUAGAUGCAUAAAUAAUAGAUUCAAUACAAAAAUGCUAUUUUAGAUAACUUUAUAAUCCACUUAGACCUAUACAACUGUUCAUUUGUAAAGCACUCUCACAUAGGGACAUAAUUACAUAUGUGCCUGUGAAAUUCAGUGUAACAUUCUGCUUGAAUGUUUGAUUGCCACGUUUAGUUAGUCGUCCACUGAUUGGAACAGAGAGCAGAGGGUCCUUGAAGUUUUUAAUGGGUAGCUACUGCAGCGACGGAUAUCACCCAGGCAACUGAACCGCCUAACCUUGCAGAAGGCACUUCAGGAGCGGGACGCGUCACACUGUAGAAAGCAAUCCACCAAUCAGAGCGUGUGGAGUGCUAAGGCCUUAAAGCAAGGCUGUUCCCAAGUGAGGAACCCACUGCUAGAUCACCUUCCAGCAAAGUGCUGGACUGCUUCAGAAAAUACUCAACUGUAUAAAUGGAUACAGUGUGUGGGUGGAAUGACACGUGAAUGCUUGGUAGGUUGGAUAAGGAUGUCUGCCAAAUAAAUGAGUGGAGAUGACUGUGUACAAGGCAGUCAGUGCUGCUUAGGGAGAACUCUAAAAUCUCCAAAUUUGUGGGGCUGUAGAACUGGAGUCACCUGGCUUAGCAUAACAUAUGGAUAUACAACGAACUAGUACACUGUACAGUGCUAGAUAAUAUACUAGUUUACAGCACUGCAGAUAAUGUAAAACACUGAUUACUGUACAGUUGUGUAGAUAACACUUAUACAUUUUACAAUGCUACAGGUAAUGUGAAAUUCACCAUAGACGGUCUGCUCAUGAGCUGACUGAAAUGGACCAGGUCAGCGGCUUCACACAAAGCUCCUAACUGUACCAGGGACUGAGACCAAGGACUUCACCUCCUCAGUGUUCAACAGAACAAAGGCCCUUCAGAAAAACAUCACCCGUUUAAUCUAUGUGGAUCCGACUUCUGUACAUCGACUACUUUCAUACAGCUGAUUAAAGUACAAAAUUUGAACAAGACAUUUGCUGUGCAAUAUCUCAACAAAUGUUUGAAACUGGCAAGAAAAUUUUUGUAUACAUUUCUUCCACUGAUGUCUUUAAUGGACUUUCGAGGUAAUGUUAAAUAAAAGAUAUAGAUGUUAAGUUACUGAUUGGGAGGUGUGGGUUAAAACCAAAACACUUGUUUAUGUUGCUUUAAUUCACCAGCAAUGUGUGCAGCCAGGCUUUGACUUCAUAAAUGUGUAAUUCGACGCACCAGGUACUCUGUACAGUACAAAUAAAAACAUUCCAUUAAGAUU